AUGAAGCCCAGUAGCCGCCUCACACUGCUGCUGUCGCUUUCAGCUUGGACGGGCACGGUACUAGCCGACGACACCAUCAGCGGCACAAAGAUCAAAGUGCAGCUCUUCGCCGCGCCCUCGUUCCUGAGCGAAGUCAGUGUCGACGCCGGCGACGAGAAUAUGGAUCAGUUUCUCUCUAUUUCAGAUGGCGCGAAUAACCUCGGGAGUGUUGGUUGGGGGACAAAGAUACAUGGGUUGAAGUGCAGUAAUAAGGAGCACGAGGACGACUGA